AUGGUGACCCGCGGAACGGUGAUUGUCUUCUGUGCUGCUAUACUCGCAGCCAUGGCGGCUAGCAUUUGGCUGGUGGUCCGUGAAAAUAGUAGAGAUGCAGUUUUGAAGCGGAAACCUUUGCAAAAACAGGAUGACGACGGUGUCAUCGUCGAUGUGAAGUAUAAUAAAAACUACCCUUUUCUGUUUGACAAGAGAGGAAGAUUCAUAAAGAAGAGACCGACCCUGGAAGUUGUAGACCCAGCUGAAAUGGACCAAGCUAAAGAAGAGGCUCCCGAAAAAGCCCCGAGCGAGGCAGAACCCGUCAAGGUCGGCGAAAAGGCAAUGUAG